AUGAAGGAGGAGAUGGUGGUCGGCCUGUCGGCGCCGGGGCCGGUGGGGAGGUGGGGCGCCGCGCCGCCGCAGGCGAUGCUCGAGAGGAUGAAGGACUACGGCCAGGAGGGCGCCUUCGCGCUCUGGGACGAUCUCUCGCCCGAGGACCGGGAGCUCCUCGUCCGGGACAUCGAGGUGAGCAGCAAUGCGCGGUGGCUCCGGCUGUGCCGGGCCCAGGCUUUCGCGUUCCGCGGCAAAGAUUUGGUUUUUAGUUGGAAUUCCGCGUGGAAGAGUCUAGACCUUUCAAGGAUCGAUCGGAUCAUCCGGCGGUCCCUUGGAUCACAAGGCAUCCCAUUGCCUGCUGUCGAGCCCGUGCCGGAAUCUAGUGUCUCGAAGGUGGAGGACAGGUCUCCUGAGGACAAAGAAAGAUGGUGGAAGAAGGGGCUGAAAGCCAUCUCGGAGGGGAAGCUGGCCGUUGUCCUUUUGGCCGGUGGUCAGGGUACUCGACUGGGAAGCUCAGAUCCUAAGGGAUGUUUCAAUAUUGGACUUCCAUCUGGAAAGUCACUUUUCCAACUCCAAGCUGAACGAAUUUUGUGUGUUCAAAAGCUGGCUGCUCAAUCUAGUGAAAGUCCGAGUAACACUGUGCCGAUCCACUUGUAUAUAAUGACAAGCCCCUUUACAGAUGCUGCCACUCACAAAUUCUUCGAAACCCGUAGAUAUUUUGGCUUGGACCCUGAGCAAGUGUCAUUUUUCCAACAAGGCACACUUCCAUGUGUUUCUGCUGAUGGUAGAUUUAUUAUGGAGACACCAUAUAGGGUAGCAAAGGCUCCUGAUGGCAAUGGUGGAGUUUAUGCUGCGCUGAAGUCCAAAAAGUUGUUGGAAGACAUGGCUGCACGGGGUGUGAAAUAUGUAGAUUGCUACGGAGUUGACAAUGCACUGGUUCGAGUUUCUGAUCCUACAUUCUUAGGGUACUUCAUUGACAAAGGUGUAUCUUCUGCUGCCAAAGUGGUUAGGAAGGCUUAUCCACAAGAGAAUGUUGGGGUAUUUGUUCAACGAGGUCGUGGUGGACCUCUCUCGGUGGUUGAGUACAGUGAAAUGGAUGCAGCUAUGACUACUGAAAUUAAUCAAUCAACAGGGCGACUUCGUUAUUGUUGGAGCAAUAUCUGCCUGCACAUGUUCACUCUGGACUUUUUGAAUCAAGUGGCAAACAGCCUUGAAAAGGACAGUGUAUAUCAUCUAGCUGAGAAGAAGAUUCCUUCCAUCCAUGGGUUUACAACAGGCCUGAAGCUUGAACAGUUUAUAUUCGAUGCUUUCACUUAUUCCCCAUCCACGGCACUUUUUGAGGUCAUGCGGGAGGAGGAAUUCGCACCAGUAAAGAAUGCCAACGGCGCAACAUAUGACACCCCUGAUAGCGCGAAGCUCAUGCUGCUCCGCCUACAUAGCAGAUGGGUAGUCGCCGCUGGUGGCUUCUUGACGCAUUCUGUGCCCUUGUAUAUGACAGGCGUUGAAGUUUCUCCGCUUUCCUCCUACGCCGGAGAGAACCUGGAAGCAAUCUGCCGUGGGCGAACAUUCCAUGCACCGAGUGAGAUAUCAUUUUAG